AUGGCCGAAACUAAGAAGCAAUCCAACUUUGCUGUUGACUUCCUCAUGGGCGGUGUUUCCGCCGCCGUCUCCAAGACUGCUGCUGCUCCUAUUGAAAGAGUCAAGCUUUUGAUCCAAAACCAAGAAGAGAUGCUAAAGCAAGGUUCUUUGGACAGACGUUACGAUGGUGUCGGUGAAUGUUUCAAGAGAACAGCCGCCAACGAAGGUAUUGCUUCUUUCUGGAGAGGUAACACUGCCAACGUUAUCCGUUACUUCCCAACUCAAGCUUUGAACUUUGCCUUCAAGGAUAAGAUCAAGUCUUUGUUCGGUUUCAAGAAGGAGGACGGUUACGCCAAAUGGUUCGCCGGUAACUUGGCUUCCGGUGGUGCCGCUGGUGGUUUGUCGCUAAUGUUCGUCUACUCUUUGGACUACGCCAGAACCAGAUUGGCCGCCGACUCUAAGGGCGCCAAGAAGGGUGGUGAGCGUCAAUUCAACGGUCUAGUCGAUGUCUACAAGAAGACUUUGGCUACUGAUGGUAUUGCCGGUUUGUACAGAGGUUUCUUGCCAUCCGUUUUCGGUAUUGUCGUUUACAGAGGUUUGUACUUCGGUGGUUACGACUCUCUAAAGCCAUUGUUGUUGACCGGUUCUUUGGAGGGCUCUUUCUUGGCCUCUUUCCUCUUGGGUUGGGCUGUCACCACUGGUGCUUCCACCGCUUCUUACCCAUUGGACACUGUUAGAAGAAGAAUGAUGAUGACUUCUGGUCAAGCCGUCAAGUACAAGGGUGCUUUCGAUGCUUUCGGUAAGAUUGUCGCCGCCGAAGGUGUUGCCUCUUUGUUCAGAGGUUGUGGUGCUAACAUUCUAAGAGGUGUUGCCGGUGCCGGUGUCAUCUCCAUGUACGAUCAAUUGCAAAUGAUCAUGUUCGGUAAGAAAUUCUAA